CAAUUCAAUGAAAAUCAAGUAAACUUAAAAAUUUAUAUUUUGAUAUUAGCAAGUCAAAAUAACUUUAAAUAAAAUGGCUGAUGUGUGUCGUUUAUGUGGAGAUCUCAAGCCUGUCAGCGACUUAGAAGAUAUUUAUAAUAGUGAAUCAAACGUCGUAAUGAAGCUAGAAAAUACUUUCAAAAUUUCCUUAGAAUAUGAAAAAUUGCUGCCAAAUUCAGUUUGCAGUGAAUGUGUGAACAAUCUUGAGAAAAGCAGUCUAUUUGCAGAAUUAGUAUCAUCUGUUCAAAGCAAGCUCAAACUCGAUCUUGAAAACCAAUUACAAAUAGUUAUUUGCAAAGAUGAAACGCCAAGUUAUCCUCGUCAUGAAGUAAUUCUAAAAGAGGUUGUUAUUAAGUUAGAAAGAAUCGAUCCUUACUUGGAAACCAUGUUUAUUAAUCCACCUCAAGUUAGAAACACUGCAAAAGUAAGAGAAUGUUCAAAAAAGAAUAAAAUUGCGAAGAAAUCUCAAAGAAAUCUCAUCAAUCCACCUCAAGCUAGCAAACCAGCAAUAGUGGGAGAAAGUUCAAAAGAGUUAAGAAUUGCGAAGAAAAAUCUUAGAUUCUCAGAAAAGUUUCCAAUGAGUAACCUUUUCGAAAAAGAACUGAAAGGUUCUUUCGCCACGCAACCUGAAGAUAUGAAAAUAGAUAAAUACGUGAAAUCUGAAGAUGGAUCUUUACCAAAUGAAAUGCUGGAAAAUUUAAAAGAAAUCAGCUGGAAGAAAUAUGAAUGGAAGUGCAAGGAAUGUCAGGAAAGUUUUGAAAACGUGAUCGAUUUGGAUUUUCACAAUAGAGAGAAACACAUGAAACGAGCGGUCAUCGAUUGUUGCUCACGAAUAUUCCUCACUUAUCCUAAAUAUCUGAAACAUGUAGUCGACAGGCAUCAUUCCGAACUUAAAUAUUGCUGUCUAAUUUGUUCAGAAUAUCGAACGAGUUUCCUUCAUCUCCAUCGACAUAAUGAAACCGAUCAUUCUGAUCAUAAACUUUUAAUGUGUUUAUAUUGUGGUGAACAUCACUACAGUGGUCUUCUUCUCUUCAAACACAUUGAUGAGAAGCACAUUCCAUUACCACAAAUCCAUCAAUGUGACCUUUGUGGUGAAAAGUUUUCUAGAAAAGAAUUAGUUAGAAAGCACAUACAGCAAAAUCAUAUAAUCAAUCAAGAACCACCUAGAACCCACAUUUGUGAAUUUUGUGGGUUUGGUUUAAGAAAAGCAGGCGAAUUAAGAGAUCAUAUCGGUACUAUGCAUAGCAAUAAAGCUGAAGAAGCUUGUGAUUUAUGUGACAAAGUUUUUAAAAUAAGAGUUCAAUUGCAACGACAUAAGAGAAGAGUACAUGAAUAUAAAAAACCUAUGAUAACGUGCGAGGUGUGUGGACACUUAUCAAAGGCACCAGGCGAUUAUAAAAAACAUCUUAAGACACAUAGCGAUGAAAAAACGUAUGUUUGCAAAAAUUGUCAACAGAGAUUUAAGAAUUAUUCAGGACUUAGCUAUCACACUCAUAUAGAACACACAGGCGAGCGUCCUUACGUUUGCCCUGUUGAAAAUUGCGACAAAUAUUCAAUUUUAUUACCCACUUAUAAUGAGAAAGAAAACUUGCCGAUCAUAAUUUGGCUACUGACGAAAUAUUUAAAUGAGAGCAAUUUAAAUUAUGAAAUAAUCAUUAUUGACGAUGGAAGCCCUGAUGGUACACAAGAUGUGGCUGCCCAACUCAUUAAAAUAUAUGGUGAAGACAAAAUUCUUUUGAAACCACGGGCCGCUAAAUUAGGACUUGGAACUGCAUACAUUCAUGGAAUGAACCAUGCAAGUGGUAAUUUCAUCAUCAUAAUAGAUGCAGAUUUAAGUCACCAUCCAAAAUUCAUUCCUCAAUUUAUUGAAUUGCAAAAGAAACACGAUUACGAUAUUGUGUCAGGAACACGAUACUCUGGUGAAGGAUCAGGUGUUUAUGGAUGGGAUUUUAAAAGAAAGCUCAUCUCAAGAGGUGCCAAUUUCCUCACUCAAUUUCUUCUACGUCCAAAUGCUUCCGAUCUGACUGGAUCUUUCAGACUUUACAAAAAAGAAGUUUUGAAAACCUUAAUAACUGCUUGUCAAUCAAAAGGCUACGCUUUUCAAAUGGAAAUGAUUGUUCGUGCAAGAGCUCUUAAAUACACAAUUGGUGAAGUUCCCAUCACUUUUGUCGAUCGUCUUUAUGGAGAAAGCAAAAUGGGUGCAACCGAAAUUGUUCAAUUUGCUAAAAAUCUCUUAUAUUUCUUUGCAACGAUCUAAUAAAUAAGUUUAAAUGAA